GUUUUGCUGACGAACUCUUCUCAACCUCUUUAAUUGUAUACCAUUCUAGGUAAACAGUUAACCGUCCAACACGUCGCGGAACAAUUCGAACCACUGACCCGACCCAAGUGUUCACCGCGUCAGCAGUUCCUUGACUCGAAAGCCUUCCACCCAUCACCCCGCUGUGCCUGCCAGUGGCUCGCAUUCAUUUUCAUACGGUACCCAGUUGUAGAAAACAAUCCAAACCCCUUGUUUCAAUCGAGUUUAAUGAUAUGGCCCACCCGUACAGAUUAGGCAUGCAUUUCAUCGUAUCCACAGACACCCAAAAAGCAGACCCCGAGACUCGAAAGCUCAUCCGGAGCCAAGUGAUGCGAGGCAAAAAUCGAAUCAAAACUCCCCGUGCGAAACGACAAAGUCCUACCAGUUGGGGCUUCAUGGUGGAUCCCGCUCACAACCCACAUGUAUCAUCGGAUAGAUUAAUCGAAGCUUGCUACUCGUUCGUUCCAAGACGCGUAGGAUCGGAUCACUCAUGUGCCCAAUUUUCGGACGAGGUGGAUCCUGCAAUGUUUGGCGAUCUCAUUCAAUUCGCUACCAUUACAAUGAGAGUCAUGUUUCCUCUCGCAGCAUAUACAGCCUUCGAGGGAAGGGAUAAGACAUGGUUUGAUCUACUGAGCCUCGAUGCCGCCUACCUUCAUAUCACCGCCUUUGCAGCCGAGAAUCUCAUAGGCCAGCUCACUGGUAGGGGCAACCAUGAAAUAACUCCGGAAGCAACACUGCAUCUGAUAAAAGGAGUCCAACAUUUACGUGAACGUCUUUUGCUCGGAGAUGAAGAAGCCAAGAUUUCGGAAGGAACAGUAUCAGUGGUCUUGACCUUGGCCAUAAUUGCACACAGUAAUGGCGAUUACCAUGGUGCAAAAAAGCAUAUGGAAGGACUUCGUAAGAUCGUUGAUCUUAGAGGAGGGUUGGGUAGCUUGAGAGGCCGGAAUUUUGGGAAGAAGCUUCUGAUGGAAAUGCUUAGGAUUGACAUUGGAAUGGCGAUGCACAGCGGAUCUUCCACUGUGUUUUUCAGCGACGCUUCUUCGGAGCCGUACGUUCCGUACCCUGACCUCAAAGUCUGGCCUACUCGAAAGACUAUCGAAGUCAAGCAUUCGAGCCCAGAUGAAACCAGCUUUCUUGACAUCCUUGAUAAAGAUUUAGCUUCAGCAUGGACCACCAUGAAGCAAUUUUGUUCGCUCAUCAACCUUGCAGCGCAGAGUCAACGAAAGCUUCCGCCCGAAGUCUUACUUGACACCAUGGCUUCGGUCAUGUAUCGCCUCCUCCAAAUGACAUUUGAGAUUGGUUCAAACGAUCAAGCGAUGCGGCUUGGUCUGCUGUCUUUGUGCCAUCACAUCUUCCUGCAAUGGCGAGAUGUAAAGCUGCCGCACCCUCACUUUUCAUUACGCUUCCGUAGUUGUUUACUUGAUCUGAAGCUUGUGGACAGUAUGCCUCCUCAUGUUAUGAUUUGGCUUUUCAUGAUUGGAGCCAUUUCGACAUUCCCUGCGUCGGAGAAUGAAUGGCUGAAGGAUUGCCUGAGAAACAGUUUAGCGGUGUGCGGGAUUAGAUCUUGGGAUAAGACGCGAGUUAUUAUGAGAGAAUUUAUGUGGAUUGACAAUGUGCACGAUAAGCCAGGGAAAGAUAUCGUUGAUGCCAUCUUUGUAAUUUAG